AUGAACAGAGCAGAUUCACCCAAACCACCAGUUGCUCCCAAGCCGAAGGCUGCCAGUCCCCUCACGCCAGUGACGGCACCCAAAUUCCCCUCGUCACCCCGGCCUGAGAGUCUUCACAGUCCCAACUCCAUGUCCAGGGGGCCGAAACCCCCCAUCGCCCCGAAGCCCAGGCUGGCUACCCCCAGUGAGUGGAGGGCCAGCAUCUACAUGAUCAACAGCUUGAACAAAUGCAGCAAUGGGAAGCUGCCCUGCGUAGACAGGGGGCUCUACGACGAGCACCGGUCCACCCCGGAAUGCUCUGAGCCCGAGGCAGACGAGGAUUACAUCGUGGCCCCCGGGGCUCCCCCAGCAGAGGACGGACCCAGAGAUGGGGACUCCGUGGAGAAUGCAGUCACGGUGCCUCCGGAGGCCGGCGGCGGGGAGGAGUGCCAGGAGAGAGGCGAGGAGUGUGAGCAGGAAGGGGCGGCAGCUGCAGAGGACUGGGCAGCCCCGGCUGAAGCGGUGCUGGGUGCAGAGGACGAUGGAGGCGUCACCCCCACUCCUGAGAACAUGGAGGUGGAGGACUGUGCUUAUGGCCCGGGGGCAGAGGAGCAGAAGUUCACAAGUGAGGAGGAGGAGGAGGAGCAGGUGGAAGAACACGGCGUGUACAUCCUGGAGGACGGGGGUCCUGGGGAUGGAGAGGCGGUCCUUCCAAGCGAUACCAUUCUAACUCACCUCGAUGCAGAGGACCCAGCAGCUCGUGGUGAGGAGCCCGGGCCGCCUGUGACACCCGGGGAGUCAGAGGAGGACGGUGAGGAAGGCGGCACCAACACAGAACUGGAGGCACCAGACGAGCGUGUGGGCUCUGACGGGCCCGCUGAGCGGGACGCUGCCGAUGGCGGCGAGGAGCCCCCAGAGAACGAGGGGUUGGCCCCCGGUGUCCCAGAGGCGGAGGCGGCCACAGACAGCCCUGACAUCUCCCAGGAGGCGUGUGAAGAUGCCCCAGGAGGUGGCGGCCAGGAUGGUCAGGAUGAGCCAGCUGACCCGAAAGAGAAAACUGACCCAGAAGAAACACCAGUGGUCACCCAGGAGGCGGGAGGGGACCCUCAAGAAGGUGAGGACCCUGUGCAGGAUGAAGGAGCUGAGGAGAGCUGCCAGAUCAUUCCUUUCGAGAGGGACUGUGUGGACGACUUUGUGGCUCCACUCUCAGGACGGCCCUACGAGUUCUUCCCAAGCGAGAGCACCUCCUUCUGUAGCGACAGCUGCUCUCCUUACUCCGAGUCAGCGCAAAGCUUAGAGGCAGAGCAGGAGCCGCGGUCGGGGGAACGUGCGCAGCAGGACCCCGUGGCUGGGCCUGGAUGUGGCCGGCGUAGCUCCCUGCAGGGCGGCGCCGGGGAGGGACCCUCUGUCCCUGACGUGGUGGUCAUGCCAGAGGAGGAGGAUGCCGCGGACGACGCGCUUGCCAACCCGUAUGAGAUGGGAGCUGGCCUGGCGUGCGAGGCGGACCCUGGGGAGGGGGAGAAGCCCGAGGCACAGGCUGCCUCAGACUCCGCGAGUGGCUGUGGAUUGAAGGAAGAGGUGAGCUCUGAUGCGGAGGGUGGCCUGGUCCCCAUCGACAGGAAGAAUGUCAUCACGAGGGCCCGGCCCCACUCCGGGAAGAUGGCUGGCUGUGUCCCAGAAACUGUCCCGGAAGAAACGGGACCGGAAGCUGGCUCAUCAGCCAUUGGCAUUGGGGGUGCCACCAAGGAGGCGAGGAAGGCGGUCCUGUCACUGGAGGGGAAGCCGCUGGACGUCAGCAGGGCCUUGCCAGCAAAGCCCAGAGCCUUCACUCUGUACCCACGAUCGUUCUCCGUGGAAGGCCGAGAGAUCCCCGUGUCCCUGUGCCGGGAGCCCGAGGCGUGUGGCCUAGACGGCCACGGGAUCAAGAGGAAGGACGACAACCUCUCUCUGCCCUGCAUGAUUGGCUCCUCUGGCAGCUUCUCUCAGAGGGGCCACCUCCCAUCCAGCGGCACCUCCACCCCGUCUUCCGUGGUGGACAUCCCUCCCCCUUUUGACCUGGCCUGCAUCACCAAGAAGCCCAUCACGAAGAGCUCCCCCUCGCUCCUGGUGGAGAGUGAGCCCCCGGACAAGCACUCCAAGAAGAAGAAGCCGUCCUUUAAGCGCUUCCUGGCACUGACGUUUAAGAAGAAGACGGAGAGCAAGGUGCACGUGGACGUCAACGUGUCUUCGUCCAGGUCCUCCUCGGAGUCCAGCUACCAUGGGCCGGCCCGGCUCCUGGAGAUGGACCGGAGGAGCCUCAGCAACUCCCCGCAGCUCAAAGCGAGGACCGGCAAGCUCCGGGCUUGCGACUCGCCCUCCUCCCUCAUCUUCUACAGGGACGGCAAGAGGAAGGGCGUCCCCUUCAGCAGGACGGUGUCCAGGGUGGAGUCCUUCGAGGACCGCUCCCGGCCUCCCUUUCUGCCCCUGCCCCUGACCAAGCCGCGCUCCAUCUCGUUCCCCAACGCCGACACUUCGGACUACGAGAACAUCCCGGCCAUGAACUCGGACUAUGAAAAUAUCCAGAUUCCACCUCGGAGGCCCCCAAGGGCCGGGACGUUUACGAAGCUGUUUGAAGAUCAGAGCAGAGCCCUGUCCACAGCAAACGAGAAUGACGGCUACGUGGACAUGAGCAGCUUCAACGCCUUCGAGAGCAAACAGCAGAAUGCAGACCAGGAGGCAGAAAGCGCCUACACAGAGCCCUAUAAGGUCUGUCCCAUCUCGGCAGUGGCCCCCAAGGAGGACCUCACGUCGGAUGAAGAGCGGGGAAGCUCGGAGGAGGAGGACAAUGCUCCAAGAGACCCCAGCCUCACCCACAAGGUGGACGGACAGUCCAGAGCCCACGUCAUAGCACAGGAACUGCUGUCUUCAGAGAAAGCAUACGUGGAGAUGCUCCAGCACCUACAUCUGGAUUUCCAUGGAGCUGUCAUGGGGGCCUUGGAUGAGAUGGACCAAGAGGGCAAGGACACGUUGGCCAGGGAGGAGCUGCGACAUGGCCUGAGUGAGCUCCCACCCAUCCGCGACCUUCACCAGGGGAUCCUGGAGGAGCUGGAGGAGAGGCUGUCACACUGGGAGAGCCAGCAGAAGGUGGCUGAUGUCUUCCUGGCCCGGGAGCAGGAGUUUGAGCACCAUGCCGCUCACAUCCAGCAGUUUGAUAGGUACCUGAGUCUGCUGGGUGAGAACUGCCUCCAUGCCCCCCGGCUAGCAGCUGCCGUCCGAGAAUUUGAGCAGAGUCAGCAAGGAGGUGGCCAGAACGUGAAGCACCGGCUGCUGAGGGUGGUUCAGCGCCUGUUCCAGUACCAAGUGCUCCUCACAGACUAUUUAAAUAACCUUUGCCCGGACUCGGCUGAGUACGAUAACACGCAGGGUGCGCUGACCCUCAUCUCCAAGGUCACAGACCGCGCCAGUGACAGCAUGGAGCAAGGGGAAAACCUACAGAAGCUGGUCCACAUUGAGCACAGCGUUCGGGGCCAAGGGGACCUCCUCCAGCCAGGAAGGGAGUUUCUGAAGGAAGGGACACUGAUGAAAGUAACAGGGAAAAACAGACGCCCCCGACACCUGUUUCUGAUGAGUGAUGUGCUCCUGUACACGUAUCCCCAGAAGGAUGGGAAGUACCGGCUGAAGAACGCAUUGGCGGUGGCCAGCAUGAAGGUCAGCCGCCCUGUGAUGGAGAAAGUGCCCUAUGCCCUGAAGAUCGAGACUUCCGAGUCCUGCCUGACCCUGUCUGCAAGCUCCUGUGCAGAGAGGGACGAGUGGCACAGCUGUCUGAGCAGAGCCCUCCCUGAGGAUUACAAGGCCCAGGCCCUGGCUGCCUUCCAGCACAGCGUGGAGAUACGGGAGAGGCUGGGGGUCAGCCUGGGGGAGAGGCCCCCGACCCUAGUGCCUGUCACACACGUGAUGAUGUGCAUGAACUGCGGCUGUGACUUCUCUCUCACCCUGAGGCGCCACCACUGCCAUGCCUGCGGAAAGAUCGUCUGCCGGAACUGCUCAAGGAACAAGUACCCUCUGAAGUACCUCAAGGACCGCAUGGCCAAGGUGUGUGACGGCUGCUACGGGGAGCUGAAGAAGAGGGGCGGGGACAUCCCAGGCCUGAUGAGAGGGCGGCCCGUGAGCAUGAGCUUCCCCCUGUCCUCCACCCGCUUCUCGAGUAGCGCCUUCUCGUCCGUCUUCCAGAGCAUCAACCCCUCAGCCUUCAAGAAGCAGAAGAAAGUCCCUUCGGCACUGACAGAGGUGGCCGCCUCCGGAGAGGGCUCCGCCAUCAGCGGUUAUCUCAGCCGCUGUAAGAGAGGGAAGAGGCACUGGAAGAAGCUCUGGUUUGUCAUCAAAGGCAAAGUACUCUACACCUACAUGGCCAGUGAGGACACAGUGGCCUUGGAGAGCAUGCCCCUCCUAGGUUUCACCAUUGCGCCAGAGAAGGAGGAAGGCAGCAGCGAAGUAGGACCUAUUUUUCACCUUUACCACAAGAAAACCGUAUUUUAUAGCUUCAAAGCAGAGGAUACCAAUUCGGCUCAGAGGUGGAUCGAAGCCAUGGAAGAUGCAAGUGUGUUAUAG